CGCGGUCCUUGUGUGCCUUAAAGUUACACAAAAGACUUGGGCGAUUCUCCGUAUUUAGACUCGAGAUGGCACGGCAUCACUCUUCCAAGCGUGUCCUUGCAGCACGCGGUCCUUGUGUGCCAGACUCCUAAGAAAGAGAGCGAAGGCAGGUAUAUAAAGACGCAUUUCUCGGACGAUGCCCUACUUUUUGGCACCAUUCCUUCAGCAACGAACUCUUCACCAUGCAAUUGUUUUCUCUCCCCAGCAUCUACAUCCUCGCAACGUUGUUUGCUCUAGGUGCUGCCGUUCCAGCUGAACGACGCCAAUGCACAAUCGGAAGACGUGACCUUGUAGAGCGGGAUACGCCAUGCACCACCGACGCGGAUUGUAGCGCCUACAAGCCCAGCGGCGUUUGUUGCACGCAGGACGUAAUUGACAAUGAUCCAUUCGUUCUUUGUGCUGCGAACAGAGAUUCUGCCAACGACAAGAUGGCGCCGGCUGUUAGACAACACCGAGACUUUUGCGAUUCAAAAAACGAUCCUGUGCCCUUGGACCCAAUUUUGUUGUGUAGGUCGUAGUGAACAUUUCUGCUAAUGUUAAAUGCGUUACUACACGACCAUUCUUGUCGGG